UUUUUAUAGUUUCUAACGCAAAGAUCAGCGAGGCCUCGCCAACACAUCCAAUCGCCAUAGUUGCAGCAAGAGAAGCAUGGCGAGAACUCGUUUCGUUGCACUCGCUCUCCUCACUAGCUUCAUCUCCGUCGUCGCCGGCCAGCUCCGACCAUUGCCUGCCGCUGGCCUCCCGGGCGAUCUUUUCAACCUGGGUAUCGCGUCGAGGCUCCGCACCGAUGGCAACGCGACGGCGAGGGCGUCGACGGACUUCGGCCAGAUGGUCACGGCCGCGCCGGAGGCCGUGUUCCACCCGCGCACGCCCGCCGACAUCGCCGCGCUCAUCCGGUUCUCCGCCUCCUCGCCGGCGCCGUUCCCCGUGGCGCCGCGCGGGCAGGGACACUCCUGGCGCGGCCAGUCGCUGGCCCCCGGAGGCGUUGUCGUGGACAUGCGCUCGAUGGGGCGCGGCCGCCGCGGCGCACGCAUCAACGUGUCCGCCGCCGGCGCGGAGCCGUACGUCGACGCCGGCGGCGAGCAGCUGUGGAUCGACGUGCUCCGCGCGACCCUGCGGCACGGCCUCGCGCCGCGCGUGUGGACGGACUACCUCCGGCUCACCGUCGGCGGUACGCUCUCCAACGCCGGCAUCGGCGGCCAGGCGUUCCGGCACGGCCCGCAGAUCGCCAACGUGCACGAACUCGACGUCGUCACAGGAACGGGUGAGAUGGUGACAUGCUCCCGGGACAAGAACUCGGACUUGUUCUUCGCGGCUCUGGGUGGAUUGGGGCAAUUCGGUGUAAUCACAAGGGCUCGGAUCAUGCUUGAGACAGCCCCAAAGCGGGUGCGUUGGGUCCGGCUUGCCUACACGGAUGUGGUUACAUUCACCAAGGACCAGGAGUUUCUCAUAUCCGAUCGAGCUCGGGAAGUCGGGUUCAACUACGUUGAAGGCCAAGUCCAGCUCAACCGGUCCUUUGCCGAAGGUCCCAAGUCAACACCGUUCUUCUCCGCCACCGAUCUCAACAGGUUGGCCAAACUCGCCUUGAGGAAAGGAUCCGCUGCAAUUUACUACAUCGAAGGCGCCAUGUACUACAACGAGGAUAACCCUGAAUCUGUGGAUCAGAAAAUGGAGGCACUAAUGGACAACCUAAGCUUCGAGCCAGGGUUUGUGUUCACCAAGGAUGUGACAUUCGUGCAGUUCCUUGAUCGUGUGCUGGAGGAGGAGAGGGUGCUCCGGUCAGCCGGAGUGUGGGAGGUGCCCCACCCAUGGCUAAACCUUUUCGUCCCCCGAUCUCGCAUACUUGACUUUGACAAUGGUGUCUUCAAGGGUCUCCUUAGGGAUGCCAACCCAGCUGGGAUAAUCCUUAUGUACCCCAUGAACAAGGAUAAGUGGGAUGACCGGAUGACGGCGAUGACCCCAACAGAUGAUGAGGAUGUUUUCUAUGCCGUGAGUUUGCUUUGGUCGGCAUUGUCGGUAGACGAAGUGGUGAAGCUAGAGAGGGAGAAUGAGUCGGUGAUGAAUUUAUGUGAUAAGGCAGGCAUCAAAUGGAAGCAAUACUUGCCACACCACACGUCUCAAGAUGGGUGGCAACAACAUUUUGGGGCUAAAUGGGGCAAAAUUACCGAGCUGAAGGCCAAGUAUGAUCCUCAAGCAAUAUUAUCGCCGGGUCAGAAGAUUUUUCCAUCACGAGCCGAGGCUGUUGGCAUUGCGACUGCGUAAUAUUGUGCUUUAGCAUGUAGAAUGUAGUGUAUGAUAGGUGUUUUGUAGUUAGGGAUCCAGCUGCACAUAAUGUUUUAGUUGUUAGGAGGUGAAAACCAACCAGGUUUUCUGUAAUUCUGAAAGGCUGAUUGGAAGGAGAGGCAUUUGUAGCU